AUAUAAGAGAUUUCCUUCUUGUUCAUUGUCAUGUGAGUGUGAGCCGCUGCUGCUGCUGCUGCUGCUGCUGAUGCUGAUGCUGCUGCUGCUGCUGCUGCGAGCAUCAUGACAGUGACUGUCAGCCUCAAACUCUCAGUUUCUUGGUUUCAGACUUUCAGACCCGGGAGGAGACAUGGUUUUAGACUCAACUUGUUCUCCCUGUGUGAGCCAUUUUCCACUUUUCAUUCUUGGUCUGAUCUUUGCUUAUUCCUCUGCACAUGGUCAGACACUUCGAGUGAACUGCAAGUCAGAUGAUUUUCUGGCCAAAUAUCAACACUGUGGGCAGCAGCCAGAUGGAGUCAAUGGUUUAGAAUGUUCUGGCAAAUAUAAUAACGUUGGUAAUCAAAGGUGUGCGUGGAAACCUGGCAAACACACGUCAAAAAAGACGUACACGCUCCUCAUAAAACAAGACAAGUAUUGCAAAAUACACCGGAAAAUCACAGGCUUCUCCACAAUCAUCUCAGUAUUUCAAAACAGAAACAUGACCCUGGAGGUCGUGGAGAACGGUGAGUCGGGAAAUUGCACAAAAGCAGUUUUGAGUGCGUCACCAAAGAGCCUGUUGAGGUGUGACCCUCCGAACAGUGUGUCCUUCACACGACACUCUGGAGAACUCAGCGUGAGCGUGAGCUGGCAGUGGGAGGACAGGAACGCCGUCCAGUAUUUCUCUGUAAGAUAUAAAGCAGUGGGCAGCGUGAAGUGGAUCGAGCCGUCUGUCCAAUCCCAGGACAGACACAGACACAGAGUGGCACAUCUGAACUCGUCACUGUCCUACGUCGUCCAAAUACAGUGUGUCACCAAUGACAAGUGCUUACAGUGUUCACAGAGUGAGUCGUACACCGUCCCACAAGAACUGACCUCACCGCCUGUCAUUGUCAAACAUGAAGACACUGACGUUGUGGGGAAAACAGGCAGCAGACAGCUUUCUCUAACCUGGACGUUUCCUGCCACAGAGCCAAAUGACGGCUACUAUGUGACCAUAGUUAAAGCGUCAGGAGAAGAUCCACGUGAGCGGAUCAGCGUCACAGAGCCUGAGAUCACGCUGAUCCUCUCCUACUCUGCUUAUCAUCUCAACAUCAGCGCCGUCAACAACGCGAGCACCUCACCAGCCGUCAGCCUCACGAUACCACAGAGAGACGGCCCUCCCAGUGCAGAGGACAAGCUGAGCGUCAUAGUCCACAGUAACUCGUCUUUUACGGUGUACUGGAAAGACGAUCUGAUCAAAACCUACGUCUGCUUCUCUGCUGAGUGGAGGAAAAAGGGACAGAAAGUUGUGACAGCUAUGUCCUUUCAUCAGAAUGAAGAUAACUUUAACACCUUAACCGACUUUACAGAGCCUCUGGAGCCUUAUAAGAGAUACAGCAUUGCUCUUCACACACGACCAGAGAAGCAAACUUGCAACAUCAAGUACAUCAACAACAGUGAGAGCACUUACGCAUCGAGCCACUUCUAUUUCAUGGAAGGAUCUCCUGUCAGUGGUCCCAACAUCAGCAGCUGUAAUGUGACGCUGAACUCGGUGGUGCUGCAGUGGUUAUCCAUCCCAGAGGAAGACAUCAGAGGCUUCCUGCUGGGUUAUUUAAUCUUCUACACUGAGAAGAUUAAAGGGACAAGUUUGGAGAGAAACGUGACGGUGGAUCCUCAGUCUGACACGUACGAACUGGGCGAUCUCAAAGCAGGAACCACAUACCAGGUCCAGGUAUCAGGUUUCACUCAGGCAGGAGUGGGAGUACGAAGCACAGCGUGCAUCUUGAAAACAAACCAUCAAGGAUAUUUCCAUCCUAAUCUCAGUGCUCUUAUCAUCACCUUUGCCGUUGUGGCCACUGUGCUGAUAUUUUGGACGCCGCUAAUUAAAAGAGCCAAAGUGGUCCUGUGGCCCAGCAUACCAAACCCAGGAAAAAGCUACACAAUACAGAAAAUGGAAAGACCCGGUGAAAUGGAGCUCUUCACGUCCAUCUUCAGCACUCUGAAGAUCGAGGAGUGGGAAACCAGCAGUCUUCAGAUAGUAGAGCGAGAAGACGAGGUUCCCCCCAUCAUAGUACCAUUAGUGUCAUCAUUUCAUCACGACUCUGAGGACGAGGACUCAGCAGAAAGGACCUGUAACUGGAUCCAAAGUGCAAGUGGAGGUGAUGAUGCUCCGAACAUCAUCUCCAACCUCCCAACGUCUACGUUUGCCUUUUCAAGUGAAUAUACAACAAUGGAGAUGUUUCAGCAGGCGAUGCCUCAGGUCGCACCUGCAGUGGACACAGCCAUCAGUCAGACAGGAGACAGUAGUGACGCACAGGACACCUCUGUGGUUAAGACAAGUUUGGACCAUGUUGGACAAUUCACUUCUAAUUCAAAUUAG